UGUACGUUAUGAACUUUGAUCAAACAGUGUUGCCCUCUAGUGUCAGAUCGGUGAAUCAACACCGAAGAAGUCAUCCAAACACUAAACGCAGAGAAAUGGCUAAAGAGUAUGAUCAUCUAUUCAAACUAUUGAUUAUAGGAGACAGCGGUGUUGGGAAGAGCAGUUUACUACUCCGAUUUGCCGAUAAUACAUUUUCAGGUAACUACAUUACAACGAUAGGUGUCGAUUUUAAGAUACGCACAGUGCAGAUAGAUGGAGAAAGAGUAAAAUUACAAAUUUGGGAUACCGCCGGGCAAGAAAGAUUUCGAACUAUAACUUCUACAUAUUACAGAGGAACUCAUGGUGUAAUUGUCGUUUAUGAUGUUUGCAAUGGAGAAUCAUUUGCUAAUGUGAAGAGAUGGUUACAUGAAAUAGAACAAAACUGUGAUGUAGUCAAUAGGAUUUUAGUUGGUAAUAAAAAUGAUGAUCCAGAUAGAAAAGUUGUUUUAACAGAAGAUGCUCAACGAUUUGCCGAUCAGAUGGGUAUUCAGUUAUUCGAAACAAGUGCCAAGGAAAAUAUAAAUGUCGAAGAAAUGUUCAAUUCGAUAACAAGAAUGGUUUUAAAGGCUAAAAAAGAUCAAAAAGAACGUCGGCAGCAGUCUCACGACAAUGCUAUAAGAUUGCAAAAAGGAUCACAACGUGGAAAAAGAAAGUGCUGCUAAUAAAUAUAUAAGAAAAUAAUUUGUUCAAUUUGGAAUAAUAAUAAUAAUAAUAAUUCUCUGAUGAGUCUGUACUCCUGAAAGACUGUUGACGGUCUACUAUUAUGUAAAAGAAGGAAAUGUGCCAUUACGAGAACCGCUGUAACCUGUAUGUGUGAUUAAUAACGAGAAUCGUCCUGCCAUACAAAUUCUUAAUAGUUCCAAAUAGUACGAUCAAAAACAUAUGUGAGUAACGUUUUACGACCGAGAAGAAUUCAUACUAGCCAUCUUGUGUAUAUAUGUAUCGAUCAUGCACCAAAGAUUGGAAUUAGCAUUUAAAAAUGUGUAGAAGUUCAGUGGUACGUUAGGUCUUAAUAUUGCCACACAGAUGUGCCCAAUUAUACAUGCUUGAGUAUUUAUGAAAUGUUUAGUAAAACCGCAUGGCAACCAGCAUUUUUUUCUUUUUUUAUAUAUAUAUACGAAUUAUUUUAUAUAUUUAUCUCUAUUUUGUGUGUGUUCAAUACAGAUUUAAUUUUUUGAUCCUUUAACAGUUUGUCGCUACUCCAAAUAUUGUGUAUUGUUCUAAAGUAUAGGUUGUAGUAUAACAGAACUUACACUUCCUUGUCUUGCUCAACAUUCCUUUUUUUAUUUUAGAAGUGUAUUUUUACAUUAAAACAUCACGGGCAUCCCAUAAAUUAUAAAUCUGUUUAUUAUAAAAUCCUAUCAUUCCAUUCCUUUUCUCUGUAUUAAACAAUUAUCCACAAUGAUUGAUUUAACAAUGUUAUUUAUACAAUUUUAAUACAUUUAUCUCAAUUAACCUUCCAUUUAUACACCUCAAAAACUCAUGAAGUGAAAAAUUGUGACUUUUAAUCAUCUCACACAUUAGAAUUUUUCUAAUUGCCCGUUUCAAUGCAAUAAGUAUUAGUUUGAUAUGCAUCUUGCUUUAUUAUUAAUUAACUUAUUAUAUAUUUGAUAAAAUUGUAAUUCAAUUUUUUUGAAAGUGUUUCAUAACCGUUGAACCCAUGUUUUGCAUAAUAAAAGGGUAAUACUUCCAGGACGAUAGGAUUACCAUAGAUUUUUAACUCAAUCAAUUUGUAGCAAUACGAAUUAUAAAUUUUCUAGAUUAUGCAGAAAUAUCCACAUAAUAGUUGCAAACUAAUUUGUGUGUUCUAUGCUUUUCUUACAAACUUUAAUCCAAAUCUUGCCGUCAGUCGAUUCCUUUAAUUCUUUUAUAGAAAAUUAUUAUUAUGCAAGCAACAAAUUUAUAGAAGAAAAGGUGCAUCAGACACGACUUUGAGUCUUCCGAUAAUGUAUUUAAUCUAAUAGAAUCAUUUUAAAUCGUAUGAAUCAAACAUUCUUUCACCAGUCUUGUUAUUUUUCUUUAUUGAUAUGUUGUAAAUAAUUUUUUUGUAAUUUCAUUAUUAAAGCUGAUGGUGUUCUAAAGUA